UUUGGGGGGGGGGUGGGGGGUGGAAAUUUGUCAAGGUCAUUCCGUGGAUUUAAUAUUUUUUUGUGUGCCGCUCGCCCCACCGCCACCCAGCCUUGCUCUGUGGAUUAUUAUCAUCGCCCUGGAUCCGAGGGUCUGAACAGCAGGAUUUUUGUUGUUGUUGUUGUUGAUUUUUUUUAUAUAUUAUAUUUUUAAUUAUUAUUUUUCUAAGGGGCUCCGUGGUCCGGAGAGAGAGAGAGAGAGAGGGCGAGUGAGUUGGAGGGGGGCGACUUUUCUCUUCCCCCCCCCCCCGCCGCCUCUUAUUAAAAAAAAAAUUAAUUAUUUUUAUUAUUAUUAAAUAUUUUUCGCCGCGUCUCCGGCGAUGGAUGGGAAAAUCCGCCAGAGCCGGCGGUCGAGGUCGCAGCGGGACCGCGUGCGGCGGCGGGAGGCGGCGGCCCGCGACCCGCGGAACCAGAGCCCCUCGUCGGGCUCGGAGAAGGAGCCGAGCCCCGGGCAGGAGAAGGGCGGGCAGCACUGCACCGCCCCGCGGGGCCCGCCGCCCGCCGCCCGCCCCGCGCGGCCCCCGCGCCGCCGCCGCCGCGAGUCCAGCUCCCAGGAGGAGGAUCUCAUCGAUGGCUUCGCCAUAGCGAGCUUCAACACGCUGGAAGCGCUCGAGAAGGACAUGUCUCUAAAGCCUCAGGAGCGGAAGGAGAAAUGGGAGAGGCAUCCAGGAAAGAAACCUAGAGAAUCUGAAAACUGUGUGUCUGCUGAGCCAAGUGAAAAUGGCCAUAAUAAUGACGCUGGAAGCUCCGAGAGAGAGGCAGAAAGAGGCAAAGAACGGAUGAAGAAGAAACUCCCCUUGAAGCUAUCAAAACAGAUGAAGGUCCCUACAAGCAGAAGUGGCAGAAAUAGCGAGGAAGACAGCAUCAGGGAGGCCACAAGCUCUCAGCGGAGCAGCUCAAGGGACCGUCUCAGUGAUAGUUCUGCUCAAUCGCUUUCAGGAAGAGGCUACUCCUGUGACAGCGAGAGCGAUAUUGACGAUAAGACCGCAACGGAACUGGAGCUGACUCGUAUCAGGAGUGCCUUGAUAACAAGCAAGGCUUCUGUAGGCUCUGAGAAGCUGUUCUCCCCUGCAGCAAAUAAAGGUCCCACCUUGAAUGACAAGCCAGAAGCAAAAGCAGCAAAUGUCCCAAAGGUGUCUGGACUAGAGCGGAGCCGGGAGCUGAGCACCGACGUGCCCUUCACCCUGCCUAUCCCCAGCCCCCAGCCAGUUGCUGCCGUUGUGACUUCUACUUCCUCAGCGCCCACGUCAAGCGCCAGAGCAAGCCCACUGUUGAAGAAGGAGCCAGUGAUUUCAGUACCAGCACCACCAAGGCUCACGCCUCAGCCGCAGCCUCGGCCACAGUCACAACCUCAACCUCGGCCACAGUCACAGCCUCAGUUAAUACCAGAGCUGAGGACCCAGCCUCCGAGUCACAUCCCUCCGCCUCUCAAUUACCAAGUGCAUCACCAGGUGGCCCACAACGGACUCAAUAAUAUCAGCCGGAGCAGCAGUGCUAGCAGUGCAACAAGCAUCAGCCUCCCGAAACACCUUCCCCUCUCUCCCCAGAUUCCUCCGCACCAUUCCUCCGGCCCGGCUCUGCCCCUCUCCAUCUCUAAUCUUGCUACCUCGCACUUCUCUCUCAGAUCGCAGACCCAACACCAGCACCAUCCGGCCAUGUUCGCCACCCCACCCACGCUGCCACCUCCACCAGCGUUACCUACCAACAGCCUCGUGAUACCAGGUCACCCUGCAGAUACCAGCCUGUUGAUAUCAUUCAACCAACCAAUCAUGUAUUGCCAGCCUCAUUCGGGGAUUCUGAUUGGUACUUUGUCACAGGCAUCUCUCUUACCUCCACCAAUGAGUCCUCACGUAGAAAACCACCACAGCAUGACCUGCAGAAACAGGGAAUGCCAGGUGAAUAUUGACUCUUUCUCCUCCGUCUUUGUGGUACUCACAGGCCCACGGGCCUCUGUGUCUUUUUUUUUUCUCUCUCUCUCUCCUCUAGAUCACGAACUGCUCAGGCAAGAGCUGAACAACCGGUUUUUGGUUCAGAGUUCGGACCGGGCCGCUGCCUCACUUGGCCCGGUGCCGCUGCUGAGAGCGGAGUUUCACCAGCACCAACACACGCAUCAGCACCAACACACCCACCAGCACACAUUCACUCCUUUUCCAUCCAGCUUGCCCCAGACGCCGCUCAUGCCGCCCUCUGCACCUCCCAUGGUGCGUACCCCAGCCCAAAAUUUUGACAAGUACGCUCCCAAAUUAGACAACCCUUACUUUCGACAUUCCAACUUCUUUCCAACCUAUCCUCCAGCAAUGCCUGGAAUGCCACCCAUGCUUCCACAUUCAGGUCCCUUUGGGUCACUUCAGGGAGCAUUUCAACCGAAGACUUCAAACCCUAUUGAUGUAGCAGGUAGACCGGGCACAGUCCACCAUACGCUGCUGCAGAAGACUCCAGGGGUGUCAGACCCUUAUAGGCCUCCAGUAAGAGUAAGUAAGAAACCUGGGAAGUGGUGUGCGGUUCAUGUACAGAUCGCCUGGCAGAUCUACCAUCACCAACAAAAAAUAAAGCAAAUGCAGCUGGAUCCCCACAAGCUAGAGAUAGGUGGUAAACUUGACCUGUUCAGCAGACCUCCCGCCCCUGGAGUGUUUCCAGGUUUCCAUUAUCCACAGGAUCUUGCCAGGCCUCUGUUUUCUACUACAGGUGCGACACAUCCAGCCACCACCCCUUUUGGUCCAUCACCUCACCACAGCAGUUUCCUGCCCACUAACCACUUGGCAGAUCCAUUUAGCAGGUCAAGCACCUUCAGCGGCCUUGGGAACUUAGGCAGCAAUGCCUUUGGAGGAUUAGGCAGUCAUGCUCUGACUCACAACAACAUUUUUACUCAUAAAGAUGGCCCAAACCUGCAGAAUUUCAAUAAUCCCCAUGAGCCAUGGAAUAGACUCCAUCGGACCCCACCGUCCUUCCCAACACCUCCACAGUGGCCCAAGCCCACUGAUUCCGAACGAAGCUCCUCAGUGACGAACCAUGACAGAGACAGAGAGCGAGAGCCAGAGAAGAGGGAUCUUUCUCUGAGCAAAGAUGACAGAGACAAAGAAAGGGACCUCUUGGAUAAAAACAGACAUUCAAACAGAUCCUCACCGGCAUCAGCUCCAGUGACACAUCAGAUAAGCAAUCUCAUCCGCAGCAACAGCCAAACCUCCAGCGAUCCCAUCAGGCAGGUCAGCCUCAGUGAAAGGGAGAGGUCCAAAGAACCUGAACGAGAGCACCCCGACCGUCUGAGAGAACCACCCAUAGCAGAACACAAGAUUAAAGAGAGCCGUUCCCCAGUGAAGGAGACCCCAAGCCAUGAUAAGAGACCCUCUGAGGACAACACAAAGCCAGUAAUCCAGUCUGUAUCCCCGUACAGCAAACCUGCACUAAGCGAGAGCUUGAAGCUUACCAAUCUAAUGAGCAAGGAUAUGGAGAGAAAGACAGAGCUUCCCGGUGACCUCCAGAAGAUUAAGAAUGACAUCAAAGUCAAAGAGGAGAGGAAAGAAGACAGUGAUGUGCUGGUGGUAGGGUCUGAACCUUCACAGCACUCCCGAUCGGUGGAGCAUCCCCCACCACCUACUUUACAUGGAUUAUCGUUGCCUCACUCGAUGGCUGCCUCUAUGCCCAUCUCCAUGGGCAGCGUGCACCAGAUGAACAACAUGAAUGUUCUGGACCGCAGCAGAAUGAUGACCCCGCUCAUAGGCAUGAAUCCUUUGUCAGGAAGAGAGAGGCUGCCGCAUCCUGGAUUUUCUUGGGAUCCAAUGAGGGACCCAUUGCGAGAUGCCUACCGGAGCUUAGACCUGCACCGUCGAAUGGACUUCCAGCUCCGGACAGAUCCUAUCCAUAGGUUCCCCACCACAUCUGGAUUUUACGACCAUGAGCGUUCUUAUAGAGACAGGGAACCACACGACUAUAACCACGAAAACCUUCUGGAAGCCCGCCGAGAGCAGGAGCGGUUGCGGCAAGUGGAGGAAAGAGAGCGCUUGCACUUACGGGAAGAACUUGAGCGUGCCAGAAUGCACCACUUGCACUCGUCCCCCAUCGAAAGUCACCUGGCACACGUGCCAUCCUUCAUGCCUCAUUUAAGCGGGAUGCAUUACCCCAGACUGAGUCCAUCCACUGCCAUGCACAACGGGAUUUUGAACAGGAACCCGCCAACCGCAGCGCUGAGCGCCCCUCCACCGCUGGUACCAGCGAGCAGCACCAGACCUGCCUCCCCACGCAGGACUACCCCACUCACAAACUCAGAGUCCAGGGACUAUUCCCCCUCUAGGAACCCCAAAGAAGUAGAGGCACGAUAGUCCCCAACAUUGAAUUUUAAACUCGCCUGUAUAUAAAACAAACAAACAAAACAAAAAAACAAACAGGAGAAAAACAACAAAAACAAAAAAACAAAAAGCAAACCUUUUACAAAAUGCACUGCUGUAAACUUUUUUUUUAAUGUAAAAUUUGUAGAAGUUAAGCACAUUUCCAUAAAUAAGGGGGUCGGGGAUGCAGACUUUCCAACAAGAAGGUUGCUGAGAAUGGGAAUUUAAUAUAUAGGUAUUGAUUUUUUGGUUUUGUUUUUCAUUUCUGUGCUAAAAAAAAAUGAGUUAAGAAUAUCAAGUUUGUACAUUUUUUCCCAAAUAUGAGAAACAUUUUUAAUGGAUUUGUAUUUUUUUUAAUUUUGUGCUCUUUAUUCACUUAAAAAAAGAAGAAAUUUUGCUUUUGUUUUUAGUUAAAUUUGCAUUUUAAAGGCCUCAGAUCCUUAAGAAAAAAAUACCCAGGGUUUCUUAAAAGUAUUAUUUAUGGAAAUACUGUAGUUUUACAGUCCACUGUGAGGUUCCCUUCUGAGGCCAAUUGAUCACUUACCUUGGUACUUUGGAACCGAAGUUACAGAUAUAUAUUAAAAUAUUAAUAAUAAUAAUAAUGUACAAAACUGUUUGUUUUUUGCCUUAUUAUAUUAUGCAGAAAUUUAAGAGGAAUUUUUUUUGACUUCUUGUUUUAAACAAAAAGAAAAAAAAAACAAAGAAAACAAACUGUAAAUAAUCUGUUAAUAUAAAUGUACACCAAUAUUAAAUUCUUAACAUAGGUAGACUUUAUAAAAAUGGUUUCUAGAACCACUCUGGUUAUUUGUUAACAUGGUUACAACUCAUACUCUUGUCACAGUCAGAAAUUCACGCUCAGAAAGCUAAGUACGGCAUAUAUACUUCAACUAUGCAAGAACUCGGAGGCAGGUCGUAGUGGAUGUUGGGGGGAGGAAGGUUUAAAAAAAAAAGCAACCCAAAAAACAACCAACUCGCAACUAUGGAGACAGCAUGGAAGUGGCGUGCGGGCAGGAAGAAGGAUGCUUGUGUUUAACAAAAAAAAAGAGAGACUGAAUUUUUUUGUCCAAACACAAGGGACAGUUCGUCGAGGAAGGAAAGAGAGACACGCUCCUGGAAGGGAAUUUUGGUUUCCUACUUUUCAAGCUGGCAAAAGCAGAUGGAACUGGCACAGUACCAUGCGGCAGACCCUUUCCUUAUUUUUUUUUCCUUUUUUUUUCCUCUUUUUUUGUGUUGUGGGCAGGAUCGCUGGCAAGCAAGGACAAUUUUCCGUGGACCCCUUGUGCUAAUUGUGCAGUGUUCUUAUUGGAAUCUGUAUACAAGACAAAGUAGAAUUUUAGGAGUGCAAAAAAAAAAGUCUAAUGGUUGAUUAAAAAAAAAAGAAAUUCUGAUAUAUUAUCUAUAGUACAUGAAGACCAUAAGCAAAUGUUUGUUUCAGUGUGGUUCUGCCUUGAACUGCUUUUUGGCAUGAUUUAUUUUUUAUUUCCAAUUUUACUUUUCAUCCAUAUGUAAAUUUUGCCAUGUUUUACUUGCUGUACCAUUCCCCCCUCCCUUAUUUUAUUUUUCAGUGUCCAUGUUUUAUAUAUCCUGGGCUUUUUCUCUCUAGUUAAUUCAGCCAUCCGCUACUAUUUUCUUGGCUCUGUAACUCUUGUUUCCCCCCCUCCCCAUCCUCCCCCCUGCACCCCCUGUAAUUUUAAACAUUCAGUUUCCUUGUAGAUCAAUGAAGAUAAAUACAACAUUGAUUUUGGAUGAAAAAGGGAGUUGAGUGUUUGUGCGUGGCAGCCAGCGCUGACGCUGUGUUGAUGGUGCGUGGUGGCUGGGAAGAGGCAGCCGCAGCCCGUGGAAGGGGCUGGCGCUGGGAGAGGGGGUUAUUUUGGUUGUGGAUUUCUCCCGGCAGAAGGAACGUUGCAACGCUUCGGAGGCGAUGGCUGGGGUGGACACGACCUGGGGAGGAGAGAAGGGCUGCAGCUCUCCGCCUGGUGCUCUCUACCUCCUGCCUCUUCUGCUGCUGGAGAAGCCAGAGUGGGGAAGGAAGCACAGCUUGUUUGAAGGAAUCGCGCUCCCGGCAUCGCUACAGGACAGUUAUCGCCUCGAGCACUGUUCUCCCCAUGCAUUUUCAUUUCCUUCCCUGGCUCUUCCCCUAGGCUGAGUGCAGACAUCUGCAGGGGCAUGGAAAAGUGCUCCGAGCCCCUUUGCUCUCAGUAACUGAUUUAGCAGUGGGCGACUGUGCUUUAACAGCAUGUUACAGCUUCUGUUUUUAAGUUUGCGUGUGACUAAAUUACCGAGCAUAAAAAAAUAAAAUGAAAUAAAAUAGCAGGGUCCUUAAUCUGAUGAAAAGAGGCUUAAAACAAAAUAGGCAUUAAAAAUCAGCACCUGCUCUCCCAGCUGAAAUUGGAGGAACAUUUAACACGUGGUGGAAGGGAAAAGUGUGUUGGACUUGGCAUAAAAAUACUGGUAAUGCUGGCUGGGCGGGGGGGUUGUAAUUCUCACCCGGUGCCAUUGUCCAACGUGGCAUCUUGUUUGACACCCCCUUAAACACAGAGCUGCAUCUUCCCGGUGCAAAGUGCGAGCAAGGGGGGAGGUUAGGGCACACUUGGCAAAAAUAUGAAAGUGGACCCUACCCUUUGGAAGCAUUUGGUUUGUGUACAAUUCAAGAAGCAAGCAUUAAAUCAAUGCCAUGCUCCCCUGGCAUUCCUGAAGGAUGGCUUAUUGCAGCCACACCGGUGCCAGAAGAAUUCAUCAUGACUGAUGUUGUGGCAGCCUGAAUAUUAAAAGGAAAUCAGCGGUUUGCCAUUUACUGUAUCAGGAGGCAUUGCUCUUACGCUUGCGGAGGAUGACCCAUCAAUAAUGCUGCACUGCGGCGGGAUUCCUGUGGAAUUACGCAGUGCUGAAUAUCAGCCUCCUUGCGAAACGGUUCAUCAUGAUUAAUGAUAUUAUUACCUAAACAGAGAAACUAAUUAAUUCAGCCUUAUUCCUUGUAGCAACCCCAGCUGAGCCUUCUUCUGCUAAAAAGAGCUGUUACAGAAGGGCUUCCUGGGUUUUAUGCGUUUCUACUGCUGUUGAGCUUUCAUUUUGUGCAGUUUUUACCAUUUUUAUUAUCCUUUCAUCCAUCUCCCUAGAGAUUUCCCUCAGUCACCAACAAAGGGUGGCAUCUAGCAGACAAAUGACAGUGGGUG